GAAUAAAUUGUCUUGGCAGACGAUUCAAACUAUAGUGCUUUCCCGUCGAGCCUCCUAUCAUGCUGUCCAAACUUCUUUUUGCUGCCAUGGGUAGCAUCUUGGCUCAGAGCGCCGCAGUCCACGCAGCUGGAAGCAUCGGCUACCUCUUCACUUUUGGCGACUCAUACUCCCAGACAGGCUUCGACCCCAACGGUGCAAAGCCCUCCGCUGCAAACCCACUCGGCAACCCGCCCUUCCCCGGAUGGACAGCAGCUGGUGGUGCGAAUUGGGUUGGAGACAUUGUCAAAGAGCAAAACAACUCUCUCGUGCUGUCGUAUAACUUUGCGUAUGGAGGUGCUACUGUCGAUGCCAACAUCGUCAAGCCCUAUGCAAGCACUGUCUUGAGCUUCGUAGACCAGGUCAACCAGUUCUCUAACUCUGUUGGCAAGCAUCCAGCUGGUACCUCUUGGACAGCGCAGAAUACCAUUGCAGGAGUGUGGAUCGGCGUUAAUGACGUCGGAAACUCUUUCUAUUUGCAGGAUGCUGACGCGGUGGUUGAGAAGGCGACUACGAGAUACUUUGAGUUACUACAGGUUCUGUACAAGGCUGGCUUGCGCAAGUUUGUCCUGCUCAGCGUCCCACCAACCGAGUUGACACCAUUGAUGAUCCAACAAGGCGCUGACUCAAACGCUCUUCUCGUCAAGGCCAUCAAGCUCUACAACAGCAAGUUGGCCUCAAAGCUCAGCGCUUUCAAGAAAGCCAACUCUGGUGUCAAAACUCUUCUCGUCGACACGUCUGUUUCUUUCAAGAAAGCUAUCAACAACCCCAAGGCCUAUGGUGCUCCUGACGCAACUUGCUACAACAGCGAUGGGAAGUCAUGCCUGUGGUUCAAUGACUAUCACCCUGGAAUUGCUAUUAACCAGCUUGUGGCUGAACAGGUGGCGAAUGAACUUGAGGCCAAUGGCUUUGGAUGGUAAAGUCAUUAACGCUUAGACCGCUUCCUGUGAAGCGCACGCCACUGCCAGGCUUGUCGAAGCAAGAACCUUUUUUCGUUCAAGCGAACCUUGGCCUAGUUGGCUUAGCGUAUUUUCACGAAAGACAUAAAAUAAAUAUUACUUGCUUGAGCUUCAGCCUUCAACCUCC